AUGAGCCAACCAACAGCAACUGACAAUGAGAAGGUAUUUGGCCACAAUGAGCAUAAACGUGAACAUCGGCUGCAACGUACUGAAUUGCGACAACUCUACGCUCAUCAAUUAAGCUUGAUUGAACAGCAAUAUCCAAACGCGUCAUCAUCCAAAUUGUUGAAUCUGUUACGAAGACAUGACGGAGAUGUUGAUAAGGUUUGUGCAAUUUUGAAAAAACGUUCAUCUCGUCAAACAAAAUUUGAUCAAAUUGAACAAAAAUAUGGUCCAGAAUUAACGAAAUUCUUAGAGCAAGAGUCAUCACAUCUUUUGGGAUCAAAGAUGCCAAAACGACAACGUUUAUUACGCAUAAUGGAACGAUCUCAUGGUGAUCAGGAACAUCUUCAAAAAUUCUUGAAUAGAAUAAAUAAUCGACAUCAAAAUAAAGAAGAGGCAAAAGAAAAAUAUGUCCAGCACGUGACUGAAUUAGAGCAAGAUGGUCUGGAUGUUAAGAGGCCAUGUGUUUAUCGUUUACUAGAGAAGCAUGAUGGCGAUUUAACAAAGGUUCGUGCAAUAAUGCAACAUCGUUUAAAUAAAAAAACGGAUUUGGAAAAAUUCGAAUUGGAGUAUGAUCAACAACUGAAACAACUGGAAUUAGAUGGUGUUCAUAUCAGGAACAAACGUGCUGUAGUACAUCUUCUUCAAAAAUCAAAUGGUCAAUUAGAUACAGUUAAAGAAUUUUUGUUACAAAAACAACAACGAAAGGAAAAAAAGAAACGUGAUUAUUCAUCGCCAAGAGAAGAUGAUGAAAAAGAGCACAGACAACAGAAGAAAGCUCGUAUGGCUAAUAUAAGUGUCGAUGAUUUGGAGUAUUUGAAGCAAUUGCGCGUAGCAGGUGUCCAUGGUAAUCCAAUAAAAAUAUUAAAAAUAUUGCAUGAGGAAUGUAAUGAUUCAGUAGAAUUAACAAUUGAAAAAUGUCGACAGCAUAAGGAUCAACGUAAACAUGAGCGUGAAGAACGACUAAAAAAACGUGAAUUAUUGAAUGAAACGCAACAAGCUUAUUUGUCCAUUAUAUCCAAAGAAGAUUGGCCAUCAAAUAUAGAUCAAGUUUAUCUAGAUGGAAAUAAUAUGAUGUUUGUUAUUGAUUCAUUACGCCGUUUAUGUUUAAAUCGUCAAGGAAAAAAAACAGAAAAUAUAAUUGGACAAAUAGCUUCGGCAUGGAAUGAGAAAUUACAAAUUCCACACGUUAAUCUAAUAUACGAUUCAACAAAUCAAGUAGAAACGAUUGGUACUGUCAAUAUACAAAGUGCACGACCAAAAUACAAAACAACAGAUGAUAUGCUAAUUGAUUUAGCUAAACAGAAUCAUGGCAAAAAUGAACAUACAAUUGUUGUAACAGCUGAUCGCGCUUUAGCUGUCCAAUUGAACAGUGAAGGUUGCAAACUGGUUAAACCGUAUCACUGGUUUGCGCAUUGUGUUAUGCUAUUGACACCUGAUCUUAUUAAACAAGAUCCAACUGAAAGCAAUACACAUGUAGAUACAGCAAUGAGAAAACGUCGAGAUAAUAAAAAAGAAAAAAUACAUUAUGAUUUUGAUGAAUUACUUAAACGUGUGGCAAAUAUUGAUAUAUAA